CCCAUAUUAAAAUAUCAGUCUAAACCCGUUCAUUUCAUAUAAAAAGCAUUUUCCAGUGAACUCCAGCGAUAACGACGCCGUUCGACGAAGACAGAUAUUUCCUCUGCUCUUUCGCCGACUGUGAGCUGAGACUCUUCUUGAAAAAACGAUAUUUAAAAAAAAUUAUGCCGUCUUUGCAAACAGCAUUGCCGCCAGAACUUGCCGAUAACGUGAUUAGGCUUUACCGGGAGUGCCUUCGAAGAGCCAAGUAUAUUGGUCAUCAGAAACAUAAUACCCCUCUUCUUGUUGAUAUUGUGAGGCAGCAAUUUAAAAAGCACAAGCAUGAGACAGAUCCAGAGAAGAUUCAAAAGUUAAAGGAUGAUGCUGCAAGGGGACUUAUAAACCAUAUACUAUAUGAGUCUGAGAGGUUGUCUGGCAAAAAAUUUAGCAAAAGUUCGUGAUGCUGUUUUGAGUUCCGCUUUUUUCAAAUCCUCAGUAUGUACCCAUUGAUGUUUUAGCCUAAACAGAGCAACGAGAAUCAAGACUUGACUGCUUCAUUGGUUUUACUGUUAUGAUACUCAAUUUUGUGGUUGCAUAAGCCUUAUGCUAAGAAAAUUACAUGAGAAAUUGAAUGCUGGCUUCUUAUACAUUCAAGGGUUCUAACCAAUCAAUGAUAAUUUGAUAAAGGUUGUUUGAGCAAA